AUGUCUGUUGAGUCACUGGGAGGAUCAAGGUAUUCUCUGCUUUUGAUUGAUGAUUUUUCGAGGUCUUCUUGGACCUUCUCUCUGAAAACGAAAGGGGAGGCGGCUAAAAUGAUCAGGGAUUGGAUCACCGCAGUUGAGGUAACCUUUUCCACCAAAGUUCGUGGUUUUCAAAGUGACAGAGGUUGUGAAUUCACUGGUUCUGCUUUACAGGAUUUCUUUAGGGAGAAGGGGAUUAGCCACAGACUGACCGCUCCUUACUCUCCGCAACAGAAUGGGCUGUGUUGGAAUGAAUUCACGACAGACGAGUAG